UUCCAUUUCUUUGGCAUGAGAGAAAAUAAUAAAGAUCAGGAAAAAGAAAAGGCACGUCGAUUUGCCGGACUGUUACAGCAUAUUGGCAACUCUACAUAUGAAUAUGCUCUGCUGCCAUUGGUUCAUUCACAGCCUCUUCCUGUUUCGCACGUUUGUAGGAGUCUCCUUGGUGGUACAAAUCAGAUCCGGAUAAAAAUGUCUGCAUAUUGUGAGCCUGCCAUCAUGAGCUGUGGCGUGAGCGAAGACACGAAGAAGGAGAGGAAAGUGGCUCUCAUUACUGGCAUUACUGGACAGGAUGGGUCAUACCUGGCGGAAUUUCUGCUCUCCAAAAGAUAUGAGGUUCAUGGUAUUUUGAGACGUUCCAGUUCCUUCAACACUGGACGCAUUGAACAUCUGUACCAGAACCCACGGACACAUACUGAAGGCAAUAUGAAGCUGCACUAUGGGGACCUGACUGAUAGCACGUGUCUAGUCAAGAUCAUUAACCAAGUCAAGCCAACGGAGAUCUACAACUUGGGUGCUCAGAGUCAUGUCAAGAUCUCCUUUGAAUUGGCUGAGUACACUGCUAAUGUGGAUGGUGUGGGAACGCUUCGUCUUUUGGAUGCUAUAAAGACAUGUGGUUUGACCAACACCGUCAAGUUUUAUCAGGCCUCCACUAGCGAGUUGUACGGAAAAGUCCAGGAAAUCCCACAGUCGGAAACUACACCCUUUUACCCUCGCUCACCCUAUGGCGCUGCGAAAUUGUAUGCCUACUGGAUUGUGGUAAACUUCAGAGAAGCCUACAACAUGUUUGCUGUCAAUGGGAUCCUCUUUAACCACGAGAGUCCAAGGAGAGGGUCCAACUUUGUGACACGGAAGAUCAGCCGUUCGGUGGCAAAAAUUCACUUGGGCCAACUGGAGUGCUUCAGUCUAGGCAACCUGGAUUCUAAAAGGGAUUGGGGCCAUGCCCAAGACUAUGUGAAGGCUAUGUGGUUGAUGCUGCAACAGGAGAAGCCAGAUGAUUUAGUCAUAGCAACAGGGGAGGUGCACAGUGUGAGGGAAUUUGUGGAAGAAGCCUUCAGACAUGUGGGGAAGACUAUCGUGUGGGAUGGGAAGGAUGAACAGGAGGUGGGCUGUUGCCAAGACACAGGAGUUGUGCAUGUGAAGGUGGAUCCAAAGUAUUUCCGCCCAACUGAAGUGACUUGACUCAGGACUUACCUGUUUCAACUUUUGACUUGAGUGGAAGACUGACACUUAUUUGUAACCUGCAAAGCAAGGACUUCGUCCCACCACUGCUAAUAAGCUUCUCGACAUGGACUACUCACUCACAAGUUACAUACUGUUCACAACCAUUAACAAGCAAAUUUGCAUGUUUUUAGAAUGGCAUUUUAUAUUUUUAAUGCAGUAUUAAAAUUUUGUUUUUGUUCUUUUCUGUCAUUCAUUGAUCCACUAAAAAGUAUCUGCACCCUGCCAUCUAUACACAAUGCACUAUAUUUUGUAAAGUUAAAACAAUAAAAUACAGUACCUUCAUUUUUAUAACCAUAAGAUGUUAGCAAGUCUGCAGACAUUGUUUUUUCCUCACUUUUCAGGUUCUUGUUCUUUUCACCGCCUUUCUGAAGGUUAUCCAUCCUUUUUAACAAAAUGUAGCAAAAAUACUUUAUCCUGACGUCAUCUGAGGUCUUGUCUGACAUCUCGUGAACCAUGUGAGAACGCUUCCCUUGCAUCUUUUUUUGUGUGCAUUUCAAUUUGGAAACAUGCAAUUGAUGCCAUUGUUUUGGUUUUGCCAAGUUGUCAGUCUUAAGUCUUUCAGCAUUUGCAUUUCAGCCAGUAUUGAAGUUCAUAUGAGUUUAGUGUCCCCUGAAUUUUUUGUUGUUUUGUACAUGUUCCAAAUUGUAGCUCGUUUGUUUACAUGUGAUACAUAGUGUCAAUUAAAUGUGCUCACGUCUUUCACUAUACUGGUACUUUAUAUGACCAGGAAGCCAUUUCACUUCUCAUUAGAUUCCAUAGUCCAUACUAUGG